CGAAGCUCGGCUAUAGCGAAUAGCACUUGGAGGAGAGUUUUAUAUAUACAUAAAUAUUAGUCGCGGAGUGGAGAAAGUAUUAGUGUUAACACAACAGAAUGGCUCAGAAAAUCUUCUGCAAUAUAUUAGUGGCGAGCCUGCUGCUACUGCUGCCGCUCAGUGCCGAUGCCCGACCCUCGACGUCGGGAGUGGAGCAGCCGCCGCCGGUGGAUCCCAGCGAAUACCAUGGCAACCUGUCGGCGGAGACCAUACGGAAGGUGCAGCAGUGCGAGAAGGAUAUACCCACCAUGGAGCUGUGCAUGCGCUGUGCCAAGGUGACCAAGUCGGAUAUCGUCUAUCCAAUUUGCUGCAGCAACGACGAUGGCAUAAAGGACUGGUGCAGGGAGUACGUGUUCUUCGGCAUCGAAUAGAAAGGACCUACUUUCAUCGAAAAAUUAAAUUAUUUCGCACUCCUGCGCAAUGGAUUGGCUGUGAUAACCUACUGUAUUUAUUUUAAAUUAUGUAUCUAGGAAUAAACAAGGCUAAAUUAGCGUA